CGUAAGCUUACAAUAACACCCAUCUAAUCUCAAUUUCUAUAUAUAUGUUAUCGUUGACUUUAAUACCAUGUUCCAAACCGCUAACCUUCACCAUGACAUAACCAUUUCUAUUACCUCAACUCCAGAACAAGCCCCUAGUAUUUCAUACAUAGGAUGAGCAGCAACACUGCGGUCAAUUCCCCUGGAUUCCUCGGCUCAAGCAACAUCAGUGGCUACAGUUAUGGCAUAGGAAUCUCCAUUGGAAUCCUGUUGCUCAUCAUAACUAUCACUCUAACUUCUUACUUCUGCACCAGAACACAUGUCUCGUUUGCUGCAGCUACCAGGAACAGAAGAUUCACUCCGAAUGUUCUUCAACCAGACCACUCUGUGGUUGAUGUCAGUUUGGAUGAAGCCACCAUUCUCAGUUAUCCAACCCUUCUAUACUCUGAAGCCAAGGCUCGGAAGCGUGAUUCCACUGCAACAUGUUGCUCCAUUUGUUUGGCAGAUUACAAGGACACUGAUAUGCUUCGCAUGCUACCUGAUUGUGGACACCAAUUCCACCUCAAAUGCAUAGAUCCAUGGUUGAGAUUGCAUCCCACUUGUCCAGUUUGUAGAACAUCUCCAAUUCCAACGCCCCUCUCAACUCCACUGGCCGAGGUAGUUCCGUUUGCUAUCAUACGAGAUUCAUAA